AUGCUGAGGGAGGAGUACGACCUGGUUGUAAUCGGGGGAGGACCGACCGGGCUGACCGCUGCCCUGGCCGCGGCUUCAGCGGGUAGGACCUGCGUGAUUGUGGAUGCGACGAAGAAGAACCAGGUUCAGUUCUCGGGGCCUACGGGCCUGUUCUCCAAGGCCCUGAGGGAUGCCUCCAAGAAGAUCGACGUGGGGACGUUGCGCAAGAUGGGGCUCAAGGACGUGACGGUGUGGAAGCAAGUACAGGAGCUGACGUCCGACAUCGUCAAGGCCUCUGGUCAGAGCAACCUCGCCGCAGUGCAGGCGUGCAGGAUCCCCCACCUCCGAGGGUCUGCGAGACUGAUGAGCAGCUCAGAGGUGGAGGUGACGUUCACGGAAUCGAACAGGAGCAUCCCCGUGAGGGGCAAGAGAAUUCUUGUUGCCACUGGCUCGACCCCCUACCGCAUGCCCGGCAUCCCCUACGACCAGAUGCGCAUCUUCGACUCGGACACCAUCCGCAUGCUCACGUUCCUCCCCAAGACCGUCACCAUUGUGGGAGCAGGGAUCAUCGCGAUUGAGUUCGCCAAGAUCUUCUCGCGGCUCGACUGCAAGGUCACCAUGCUCGUGCGCGCCAAGAGCCUUGAUGUCGCGCUGCUGAGGAUCGGGGUCGAUCGGGACGCAGCGCUGCAGCUGCAGAAAGAUUUGUGCAUGAACAAGGUCAGGAUCAUAUUCGACACGGAGGUGGAGGAGGUGAUCAAGGAGGAGAGUCCUCGCAAUGCCAACACCGUCAGGCCCAUGCGGAUCAAGCUGAGGAAGGCGUCGACCAAGGAGAGUCAGCCGCAUGCUGAGAUCCGCACGGAGGUUCUGAUGACGGCGACGGGAAGAAGCGCCAACACCCGGGGGAUGGGCCUGGAGGGCCUCGGGGUCAACAUGGACAAGGACGGGGCGAUCCUAGUGAAUGGCAACAUGGAGACCUCGGUGAAGGGGGUCUACGCAGCUGGAGACGUGCUGGGCGCUCCCUCGUUGGCGAGCACUGGGAUCGAGCAGGGGAACGCGGCGGUGACUCACAUGUUCGGGUUCGACUCUUCCUCCAAGUCGGCAUGGAUGCUGAGGACGGGAGGGCGAGACCCAAAGAGCCUGACGGCAAACCCUCUGCUCUACCCUGUCGGCAUCUGGACCAUCCCCGAGAUGGCCUUCAUAGGACGCACCAAGGAGAAGGCGAUCGAUGACGGAUGGGAGCCCGAGGAGCUGGGAGAGGGGCUUGCCCAGUACUCGCAGACUAUCAGAGGACGAGUGCAAGGGAUCAACUUGGGCUUCCUCAAGCUUCUCUUCUCCAAGCCCGACGGCGUCAUCCUGGGGGUCCACAUCCUGGGGGAGGACGCAUGCGAGCUGAUCCACUACGGGACGGCGCUGGCUCAGUCGGGCAAGACGGUGUACGAGGCGCUGGGAACGGUUUACACGGCCGUGACCUUCCACGAGCUCUUCCGGAUCGCCGCGAUGGACGCGGUCAGGCAGCUGGAGGUGGACGCGUGGAGUCCGUUCUUGACGCGGCUGGGACUCGGGGAGGAGGAGACGCACAACGUGCAGGACGUGAGGAAGAGGCUGGGUGAGGGAGGGAUGUCAGAGGAUGACUGCGAGGAGAUCUGUCGGGCGCUGGAUCAGCGAGCGGAUCAGGACGAGGAGCGAGAGGGAACCCAAGUCUCGUUCCAGCAGAUCAUGCAGGUAGUGCAGAAGUAUCGCAUCCCCAAGCCAUGGUAUGCUCCCUGA